GCGCAAAACACGCGUCAUCAUUUUCACCUCGAUUAACACAAGAGCAAUGGAGAUGGAGUCCUCCUCUCUUCCUCUCAACAACUGCCAUGUUCUCAAAUUCCGUUUAGCCGCCAACAGGCUCCACUCCAUCGUCCAUGGCGUCGCUCUCCUCUUCCUAUUCCACUACAGGCUCACGCAAAUCUUCAACCGCACCUCCAUAUUCCCUCACCUUCUCAUGUUCACGGCGGAGGCCAUUCUCGCUUUCAUUUGGUUCCUCAAUCAGCCUUCCCGAUGGACGCCAAUCGUCCGCAAGGCGUUCCCGGAGAGACUCGCCGGCGACGAAAAACUCCCCUCCGUCGACGUGUUCGUCUGCACUGCGGAUCCGAGCAAGGAGCCUAGCCUCAAAGUUAUGAACACUGUUAUAUCUGCUAUGGCGCUCGAUUACCCCCCCGAGAAGCUCAACGUUUACAUUUCCGACGACGGCGGGAGCGCCGUAACCCUACGCGCCGCCGAACAGGCCUGGAUUUUCGCGAAAAUCUGGAUUCCGUUUUGCCGGAAGUAUGAGGUGAAAAAGAGGUGUCCGGAGGCGUAUUUCCUCAAGGCAAAGAAGGUUAACGGCAAUGGGAAGGUUUACAGCAGCGAAUUCAUACUUGAGAAGAAGGAAAUUCAGGAACGGUACUUGGAGUUCAAGUCCCGGAUCUCGGAGAUUGUGGCGAAGUCCGGCGUCGCUACCAGCAGAGAUCACCCGCCUGUAAUUGAGGUGAUUAGUGAAAAUGAAAAUGUCGAAGAAGAACGACGACAUCUGCCAUUUCUGGCAUACGUUGCGAGGGAGAAGAGGCCAUUCCAUCCUCACCAUUUCAAAGCAGGAGCUCUCAAUGUUCUGCUUCGAGUAUCCGCCAUGAUCACCAAUUCUCCUUACAUUCUCGUCCUCGACUGCGACAUGUAUUGCAACGAUCCGUCGUCUGCUCGACAAGCGAUGUGCUUCCACCUCGACUCCAAAUUAUCCCCCAAUCUCGGUUUCGUGCAGUUUCCGCAGAAAUUCUACAAUGUUUCGAAGAACAAUGAUAUCUAUUCUGGCCAUAUGAGAUCUUUUUGGGAAAAAUGGCAAGGGCUGGAUGGGAUUCUCGGACCGAUUUUGUCGGGAACUUGCUUUUACAUAAAGAGGAAGGCUCUCUACGGAACCCCCGAUUCUCUUGAUGAUCAGGGUCAAAUCAAGGUUGCCGACCUAAACAAGUGUUUCGGUUCAUCGAACGGGUUUAUUACAUCGAUUAAUAGAAAUUACGAUACGGAGCAUCCCAACUGCUCGAAGAUUUUGGAUAAUUCAAACGAGAUUCGAUCGUUGGCCUCUUGCAACUACGACGAAGGCACGGAUUGGGGACAAGAGGUUGGAUUCAGAUACUCUGUCGUUGAAGACUACUUCACAGGCUUCAAACUACACUGCUCGGGAUGGACUUCGGUGUACAUCGAUCCAACGAGGCCGUGUUUCUUGGGCGCGAGUCCGAUAACGCUCGGCGAGCAUAUGUUUCAGCACAUGCGAUGGUACUUCGGGCUGAGCCAAAUCGGGCUGUCGAGAUUCUCCCCGCUUCUGUACGGCUCGUCGAGAAUGUCGUUUUGGCAAAGCGUUUGCUACGCAGAUUUAGCGCACACCGCGCUUUACUUCGUGCCGCUGUAUAUGCUCGCCGUCGUUCCCCAACUCUGUCUCCUCCUCCGCGUCGCGUUAUAUCCUGAGGUUUCGAGCUUGAGCUUCGGCGUGUUCUUGUUCGUUUUCUUCUCGUCGCAAGCGAAGCAUAUGCAAGAGGUGUUGUCGACGGGGCAUUCGAUCAGGUCGUGGCUCGGCGAGCAACGAAUGUGGAUGUUCCAUUCGCUGGCGCCGUACCUGUACGCGACGACCGAUGUCGUUUUGGAGAAAAUUGGGAUGCGGGCAGCGAAUUUCUCGCCGACGAAUAAAGUCGUUGACGGCGAGCAAGAGGAGCGAUACCGGAUGGGAUUGUACGACUUCCGAGCGUCAGCGGCGUUCAUGGUUCCGUUGUGCAGCAUUUACGCGCUGAACGUCGCGUCGUUCGCGGUUGGCUUACGGCGAAUCCUGAACGGAGAUGGCGAUGGGACGGGCUCGACGCUCGGGCAGUGGCUGUUACCGUUAUACGGCGUGGUUUUGCAUUUCCCGUUGCUCGAAGGAAUGUUGUUUAGGAAAGACAAGGGGAGAGUUUCGCCCUUCGUUACCAUUAUGUCUGCUGCUGUAUGUGUAGCCGUUUUUUUAUCAGCAAAUCGGGAUUAAAUCCAACCGUCGGAUUCUCGUUUCAA